AGGAACUUGUUUUUGUGUGUUGGAUAUAUUGAGAUAUUACACUGUGAUGAUGCUUUUGAUUACUGGGGAAAAGGAACAAUGGUCACUGUCACAACAGAAACUUCAACUGCACCCACUGUGUUUCCUCUGGUACCAUGUGGUUCUGAAAGUGGAGAUACGGUCACUCUUGGCUGCCUUGCCACUGGCUUUAACCCUCCUGCAGUGACUUUCUCAUGGAACAAAGACAGCAAUCCCUUGACAGACUUCAUCCAGUACCCUGCAGUACAAAAAGGCAAUGUUUAUACUGGAGUCAGUCAAAUCCGAGUGAGGAGACAGGACUGGGAUGGACAACAGAAUUUUCAAUGUGCUGUGAACCACACUGCUGGAAAUGCAGAGACUCCUAUCACAAAACCACAGGUGUCUAAGCCGAAUCCACCUGUGGACAAACCUGACAUAGACAACACAGGAGAGCCAACAGUAGCAGUCUACAUCCCCCCACAGCAGCAAACCGACCCAUAUAAGCCUGAUGAAAUCACUCUGGUGUGUCUGGUCACCAGUACUGUGGAUGAGACAUAUAAAAUCGAAUGGUCAGAAAUGUCUGAAAAGACACAAGGACCUUAUGCUACAGCCACCGACGUCCCUGCACAGCAGAGCAAAAAUGACCAGAAAUGGCGAAGUAUGAGUCUUUACACCACCAGUAAGGCAAACUGGGACAAAAAACAUCCAACCAAAAUGUUCACCUGCCGUGUCGGAGUCGGACAUAAAAAUAUUUCAAAACAAGUGUCUAAUGCCCAUGCUGAUUUUUGUGAUCUGAGUUGGGACGAUAUCACCGCUGAAGACGAUUUUGGCAGCCUGUGGUCCACAGCUUCCUCCUUCAUAUUCCUUUUCAUAUUGUCUCUCUUCUAUAGCAUAAUUAUCAGCCUUCUUAAGAAAACCAAGUAUGCCAAGAUGGAAAGUCUGUUUUUGUAUGAAGUGGUGAAUAAUUUGUUAGACUGUGACUAUGCUUUUGACUACUGGGGAAAAGGCACAAUGGUCACCGUCACGUCAGAAACUUCAAGUCCACCCACUGUGUUUCCUCUGGUACCAUGUGGUUCUGAAAGUGGAGAUAUGGUCACUCUUGGCUGCCUUGCCACUGGCUUUAACCCUCCUGCAGUGACUUUCUCAUGGAACAAAGACAGCAAUCCCUUGACAGACUUCAUCCAGUACCCUGCAGUACAAAAAGGCAAUGUUUAUACUGGAGUCAGUCAAAUCCGAGUGAGGAGACAGGACUGGGAUGGACGACAGAAUUUUCAAUGUGCUGUGAAUCACGCUGCUGGAAAUGCAGAGGCGCCUAUCACAAAACCACUGGUGUUUAAGCAGGAUCCAACUCUUAAAGUGAUUUCCUCUCCUGAUGCGGACGGUACCUAUACUGCCUCCUGCUUUGCCAAAGAGUUUGCACCAAAGCAACAUGCCAUCAAAUGGCUGAAAAAUGGAACAGACAUCACCAGCAAAAUAGAUCUGAUCAGUACAGUUUCUGAAUCAAGAAAGGCAGAUGGAAAGAAAGUGUACAACGCAGCAAGUUUUCUCACUGUAAAAUCCAGUGAUGUGAAUGAAGAUACUGAAUUCACUUGUGUGUUUACGGGAGGCCAAAGUGGAUCUUUGAAAAAAAGUGACACAGACAACACACAAGUGGCGUUUAAGCAGAAUCCAACUCUUAAAGUGAUUUCCUCUCCUGAUGAGCACGGUACCUAUACUGCCUCCUGCUUUGCCAAAGAGUUUGCACCAAAGAAACAUGCCAUCAAAUGGAUGAAAAAUGGAGCAGACAUCACCAGGAAAAUAGAUCUGAUCAGUACAGUUUCUGAAUCAAGAAAGGCAGAUGGAAAGAAAGUGUACAACGCAGCAAGUUUUCUCACAUUAAAUUCCAAUGAUGUGAAUGAAGAUACUGAAUUCACUUGUGUGUUUACGGGAGGCCAAAGUGGAUCUUUGAAUAAAAGUGACAGAGACAACACACAAGUGGCAUUUAAGCAGGAUCCAACUCUUAAAGUGAUUUCCUCUCCUGAUGCGGACGGUACCUAUACUGCCUCCUGCUUUGCCAAAGAGUUUGCACCAAAGCAACAUGCCAUCAAAUGGCUGAAAAAUGGAACAGACAUCACCAGCAAAAUAGAUCUGAUCACUACAGUUUCUGAAUCAAGAAAGACAGAUGGAAAGAAAGUGUACAACGCAGCAAGUUUUCUCACAUUAAAUUCCAGUGAUUUGAAUGAAGAUUCUGUAUUUAUGUGUACAUUUACGGGAGGCCAAAGUGGAUCUUUGAAUAAAACUGACAGAGACAACACACUAGAUGUUUCCACAACUUUCGAUCCGAAAAACAGUCCAACAGUGACAGUCCACAUCCUCCCACAGCUGCACACUGACCAGUUAAAUCCUCAGGAUGAAAUCACUCUGGUGUGUCUGGUCACCAGUGCUGUGAAAAAGAUGUAUCAAAUCGAAUGGUCAGAAAGUUAUGGACGAAAUUCUGGACGUUAUGUUACAGGCACCAACGUCCCUGCACAGCAGAGCAAAAAUGACAAGAAAUGGCGAAGCAUGAGUCUUUACACCACCAGUAAGGCAAACUGGUACAAAAAAGAUCCAGCCAAAACGUUCACCUGCCAUGUCCGAUCUGAAAAUAUUCACAAAACAGUGUCCAGCACCCAUGAUGAUUUUUGUGAUCUGAGUUGGGACAAUGUCAUCGCUGAAGAGGAUUUUAGCAGCCUGUGGUCCACAGCUUCCUCCUUCAUAUUCCUCUUCAUAUUCUCUCUCUUCUAUAGCAUAAUUAUCAGCCUUCUUAAGAUAAAGAGAUGA